UUGGCGGCGAAAUAGACAGAUAUUCAGAAUUCGUGGAAUUUUGUUAUCGUACGAAAAGUAGUUAAAAAGAAAAUUAAAGAAAAAUGAGCGGAGAAAGCGGAUCGGAAUCAAGUGGCGAUGAAUUUGAAGGCAAAGGAUUCACACCCAUUAAUAAAUACACAAUUAUAUUAUUGGAUUCUACGACUUACAUGAAGGAAGACUUGAAGCAAUGCCUAACCGAUUUGCAUACAAUUUAUGCUGCAUUACAAACUAGCGCACAUAUUCGCCACUUUUCUACCGGGGUCAUUACAAUUGGUUGUAAAUUUUUGGAAAAUGAAUCUGAAAAUACAGUUUUGGUUCAACCGAAAACAUUUGACAUAACUAGGCUGGAAUCAGUCGUACGUAAUUUCAAUCCAGACAAAUGUGUCAAUAAAAUUUUACCUCUGAAAGAUGGUAUUGAAAUGGCAACUGAUUUAAUUAUGACUACAUGUCGUGCAAAGCCUAAGGAUAUAAAGGAUAUUGUGCUUAUAACAAAUAAUCCUGCACCAGAAUUGGAUGAUCCGGAUGACGCUACAAGUGCUGCUCGUACGUUAUCAAUGAACAAGAUUGAUUUUACUAUUUUUCCAAGUCGUUUUUUUAGUUCGAGUAAAUUUUAUAGUUCAUUCUGCAAACAACUCCCAGAUGAUUCGUACACAUUGUUACAAAUAGAAUCCACAUUCCUAGAGACAUUAUGUCACUUAUUAGAACCACAUGUCAAAUUACAAAGUACAAAAUUUUAUAUUAACGAACAUCAUUGUUUUGAAAUGAAAGCGUUGAAAAUAUUUCAAACUAAGUAUCGUAGUUUAAGUAAAGUUGUCGAUAGAGGCGAUGGAAAAAUUCAACGUGCACGAUGGACACAAGGCGUAGAUCAAUCUGGUUUUACUACUACAAAAUUACUUAAAUUGGAUGAUGAUAAUAAUGCUGUAGGAACUAUGGCUCAUGAUGAAGGCAGUGUGUUGGUUCCUAAGACGGAAUUUAAUAAAAUGUGUAAAAUUGGUUUAAAUGAGCAAGAAGCAGUUUUUACUAAGGAAGAACUUGCUAAAAUAGAACAAAAAUGUGGUGAACCAAAACCGAGGGCACUAUAUUUAAUGUAUCUAGGAAAUAUUGUGGAUACUCAUAUUCCAUCAGAUGAUGUUCGAUCACGUUUACUCCUUCCUGGUAAAGCGGAUACAGAUAAAACAAUGUUUUAUUCAUUUUGGCUUUAUUGUAUAGAAAAUGAUAAAGCUAUUUAUUGUAAUUAUCUAACGAAAAUACGUCCAUAUUUGGUACUCAAACCGAUUUUAUUUAAAGAUCAACCAAUGUUUUUGCAAUAUUGUGUUGGUUACGUUAAUAAUUAUCGAUGUACAAAAAUUCCAAAUAAUAAUAAUACUGAUAAAGGAUUUUUGGAUUUACGAGAUAGUAAAGUUUUAUUCGAGGAAGCAUUACUUAACGCUAAAAGAACUAAAACAGAAUUUGAAUUUGAUAAUGAUGGAUUAUCUAUGGAAGAGCAUCAUGUGGAUAAAAGAAUUGGUGAUUUAGUUCAACAAUUUGAAUCCAAUCUUUAA